AUGCGUCACGCUCUCUCUCUGUGUCUCGUGUCUCACCCUCUCUCUCUCUCUCUCUUUUUACUCGCUUAUAACAUUUUGUCAUACUGCUCACUGUCUCUCUCUCUCUGUCUCUCUUCUCUGUCUCUCUCUCUCUUCUCUCUCUCUCUCUCUGUGUCUCUUUGUCUCUCUCUCUCUCUGUCUCUCUCUCUCUCUGUCUCUCUUCUCUGUCUCUGUCUCUCUUCUCUGUCUGUCUCUGUCUGUCUCUGUCUCUGUCUCUGUCUCUGUCUCUGUCUCUGUCUCUCUCUCUCUCUCUCUGUCUCGCUGUCUCUCUGUCUGUGUCUCUCUUCUCCCUCUGUCUCUUUGUCUCUCUCUCGCUUUAAGGACUUGCCCGACUAUGUCAAGAUUGUUGAAGUGGGCCCCCGCGAUGGCCUGCAAAACGAGCGUGGCCUCGUGCCCACCGAAGUCAAGGUGGAGCUCAUCCAGCGCCUUGCGGCUGCUGGGCUUCCCGUCGUCGAAGCCACCAGCUUUGUGUCACCCAAGUGGGUGCCUCAGAUGGGCGACCACAAGGCCGUGAUGCAGCAAAUCGAUCGCCAGCCGGGCGUGUCAUAUCCCGUGCUCACCCCCAAUAUCAAGGGGUACCAAGCUGCCGUUGAAGUUGGCGCGCAAGAAGUGGCCAUCUUCGGCGCAGCCUCUGAAGCUUUCAGUCGUCGCAACAUCAAUUGCUCCAUUGACGAGAGCAUUGAGCGCUUUCGCGACGUCGUGGACGCCGCCAAGCAGGACAAUGUCCUCGUGCGCGGCGGCUGUGCAACCUCACAUGGUCGAUUGCUUACUCUCGCCAGCUACGUGUCGUGCGUGAUUGCAUGCCCCUAUGACGGGCCCACAGACCCCGCCGUGGUGGCUCGUGUGGCCCGCAAACUUUACGACAUGGGCUGCUACGAAAUCUCGCUCGGUGACACGAUUGGUGUUGGUACCCCUCAUGCCAUGGCUGAAAUGCUUGACGCUGUCUCUGCCGAGGUGCCCCCUGAGGCACUGGCCGUGCACUGCCACGACACUUUUGGUCAGGGACUCAGCAACAUUUUGAUUUCAUUGCAAAAGGGCAUCGGUACCAUUGAUACCAGCGUUGCUGGUCUUGGUGGCUGCCCGUAUGCUGUCGGAGCCACCGGCAAUGUGGCCACGGAAGACGUGGUGUACAUGCUCAACGGGCUUGGUGUCAAGACAGGCGUAGAUCUUGAUUUGUUGGUCGACGCAAGCAUCUUUAUCAGCAAUGCAUUGGGUCGCCCAACGGCCUCGCGUGCAGGUGCCGCUAUGCAAGCCAAGCGUGCUGCCGCUGAGCGCCAGCGCCAGCGUGAGGAACUGGAGCAGCAGAAGAAGGAAGCUGCAUGAGCAACCAGUGGCUCUCAAAGCCAAGCGUGCUAACAUGGGCUGCUUGUAGUCGUUUCGAAAACCAUUCGCGCCUUCUUGAGGUCAUUUUGUGAUUUUUUUCAUGUCAAAGUCCUGCCAGUGAUUUGUUUUGUUUGUGCGGGCCUGACAGCAGGUUGGGGCCGGUCCCCCUUUUCUCGUUUUUGUUUUUUUGUUGAGAUUGGCGUCGUCGUCGUCGUUUACCAGUGCGCGCGUAUGUAUCCAUCUUGCGUUUGCGUUUUUUUUUCUUUUUUCCGUACGCGCUUCUUCAAGCAAUGUCGCGAGGACAGCAUCGAUGCUCUGCCCCUUUUCUACCACAGCUGCUACAGUUUCUUCUCUCUUUCGUGGAACCAAGCUGGAGUGGUUCUUUCGAUGGGUUGGUGGCGAGGGUUAUGGCUGCACUCGGGUGCGUUGAAAGCUGAGGCAGUACGUCACGUUGAGUCUAUCAAUGGUCAAAUUUGAGGCAAAUAAUUC